UAGAAACGGUUUCUUUUAUGCACAGAUAUAGUUCAGUUGUGGAUAAAUAAAUUAACUGAAAAGGUUAUUAAAGGGAAAUGUGAAAUAUUUCUUAUAGGAAUUUCUUUCCAUUAAAGUUUUUCUUUUUUAAAGCUUAGCUUUUUGCAUCAUUUUAAUAUUUCUUUAUUUAAAUAUAUUGCAUUGCUUUAACGCAAAACAAAGACAUUUUCUGUAUCAUUAGUUUACAAAACAUUCAGAAAACUAAUUCGAUUUAAAAAGUCUUUAAAGGAGAGAGAGAAAAUCAAAAAAUAGCGAUAAAUUCCACUAUAUGUAUAAAUUCAUAACAAUUUGGCUUUCUAGUGUGUAGAUUUAAUUUACAUAUAAAAUGAUCAGAAUGUAACUUUUUUUUGUUUGUUUAUCAAUAAAUUAUAAUUAAUAAUAACAGCAAUACAAUCAAAUAUUAAUAAUUAUUAUUAUAAUCAAUCCUUUUUCGUGCAAACUAUUAGUGAACUGAUCUUGUUCAUCUUGUGGUGUGCGUGUGUGUGUGUGUGUGUGUGUGGUGGGCGUGGGAGUAGGUGUGUGUGUGGGUGUGUGGGUGGUCAGGCGACAUGACAAGAGUCAAUAUGAUAAAAAUCCAUCUUUCCUCUGCGUGCACAGAAUAAAAGAGAUGCUUUGGGAGCUCUGGAUCCAGCAUUAUUAUUUUUCUCCCAUGAACGUCGUUUGAUUGGACACUUUGACACGGUCGAGCGUCGCUUUCUCUGAUCACUGUUCGGGGAUUCGCGAAGCGUGUCUAACAGAAUCAGGUGAUUGAGUUGAUGGAGAGGAGGAUGGACUUCACGGCAGAUGAAGAGCUGGAGGAACUGUGUCCGGUGUGCGGGGAUAAAGUGUCCGGAUAUCAUUACGGCCUUCUUACCUGCGAAAGUUGUAAGGGGUUUUUCAAGAGGACGGUUCAGAAUAACAAGAGAUACACGUGCACACAGAACCAGGACUGUGGCAUCGACAAAACCCAGAGGAAGAGAUGCCCUUUCUGCCGCUUCCAGAAGUGCCUCAGCGUCGGCAUGAGACUCGAGGCGGUCCGUGCAGAUCGAAUGAGAGGAGGAAGGAACAAGUUCGGCCCCAUGUACAAGCGUGACCGUGCCCUGAAACAGCAGAAGAGAGCUUUAAUCAGAGCCAGCGGCUUUAAGAUAGAGUCCAACCCGACCCUCCUGUCCACCAGCCAGACGGAGUACCCUCUUCCCGGAUCUCUGUCGGGCCUCCACCCCCCUUCUCUCUCCUCUCCCGAGUACGACUGCCCUCCGCUCUGCCCUCCGGCGCUGGGUGUAGCGCUGCAGAGCUACGGCUCCUUCCCGGCUCAGUACCAGUACACCGCUCCCUCUUUACCGAGCAGAUCCAUCAAGGCAGAGUACCCAGAUGCGUACUCCAGUUCACCAGACUCCUCUCUCGGGUACCCGUACCCUGACGGCUGCAUGCCCGCGUCCCCGCACUCCAGCCCCAUGAACCCCGGGAUGCCUCCACUGGUGCUGGAGCUGGUCAUCUGCGAUCCGGAUGAGGAGCAGGUGAGAGGGAAGAUCUGUGCGUACCUUCACCAGGAGCAGAGCGGCAGGGGUAAACUGGAUAAACCGCGGCCCUUCAGCCUGCUGUGUGUCAUGGCGGAUCAGACAUUGUUCUCAAUUGUGGAGUGGGCAAGAAGCUGUGUCUUCUUCAAGGAACUAAAGGUAGGAGAUCAGAUGCGACUGCUGCAUAACUGCUGGAGCGAGCUGCUGCUUCUCGAUCAUAUCUGCAGACAGGUGCAUCAUGGGAGAGACAGCAGUCUGCUACUCAUUACAGGACAGGAGGUGGAUCUGUCCGCGGUGUCUGACGCGGGGCCGCCUCUGUCCAGUAUGGUGCAGAGAGGACAGGAGCUGGCCAGGAGACUGCAGCUGCUGCAGGUGGACAGAAGAGAGAUGGCCUGUCUGAAGUUCCUCAUCCUCUUCAACCCCAAUGUGAAGCUCCUGGAGAACCAGCAGUUUGUGGAGAGCGUCCAGGAGCAGGUGAACGGCGCUCUGCUGGAGUACACGCUCUACUCGUACCCUCAGUGUCUGGACCGCUUCGGUCAGCUCAUACUGCGGCUGCCUGAGGUGCGUUCGCUCAGCGCGCAGGCCGAGGACUAUCUGUGCUACAAGCAUCUGUGCGGAGAGGUGCCGUGCAACAACCUGCUCAUAGAAAUGCUUCACGCCAAGAGGUCGACCGCGGUCUGAACCUGACAUUCGAACCAGAGUUUAAGCCAUAUGUGCAAGAUGGAUGGUGAACAGUUUUCCAAAGGCAAUUAUUUCAUACCUUACGUGAUGAAUGUACAGAAUCUGUAUUCCUUUUUAAGCAUGACAAUCACUGAUGGACACGGAGGUGUUUUUAUAUUUGCAUAGUGUUUCCUUCUUAGUGCUCUUAGCGUCUCGGCUAUAAAGGUAAUAAUUGCAGAGUAUAAUCUCUAUAGAGUGCAACAGCUGGUUUCGGAAGUAUUUUUUCCAUUCAUUUCUGCCAUACAGAUUUUUUUUUUUUUUUUAAAAGGUCUUUGUUUAAGCAUUAUAAGCCACGAGGUGAUUCAUAACAUUACAAACACUGAUGUGAAGCAAAAAAGUAUUUGAAAAUCGGAUGAAAAGUACUUAACAGCUUUAGUGAGGGAAAAACUACAAUCCCAUGAAGCACUGCGAACAGUAUAAUCGAAUGAAAAAUGAUGGAGAAAUAUGGAACUUAUUUGAAAAUGUUAAUUAUAUAUAUAAAACAAUAUAUUUUAAGUUUAUUACAAAAUAUGCAUCGGCUGAAAGCAGAUAAAGUGGCCCUCUUUUUUGUUAAAUGUACCUUAUGUUCUUUUCUUUUCUUUAAUGCUUUUAAGGUCCAGCUAUAAUAUUUCCAUUUGAAUACAGUUCAUAAUGUGUUAUUUGCAAGGUAUAUACUUUAUAGGUAUAUAUGCACUCCAGACAAGUUUCUUUUCAGGUAAAGUGGGCCAUCCCUGAUUUAACAGAAAAUAAAAUUUUAAAAACACUUCUGUUUAUUAACAUAUACAUUUAUAUUAAAAAACAUUUCAAUUAUAUUCAACAAAUUUACAUUUAAAACCCCCCCAAAAAGAACAUAUGUUAUAUAACAAAUGCUGUGUUGAUAUUAAAUUUGAAUAUCAGAAUAUGGAUGAAAAUUACUCUACAACAUAUUCAAAUGUGACUAUAAACACAUGCAACAACAAAUCAGCUAACAAAAACCGUAAUAAGAGGAGCAUUUAAUAUGUAAAACAAACACAUUUUUUAAAAUGUUAUUCUUUGCAUUUUAUUCCCUGUAAACUGUAGUAACAAACAAAAUAGGAACUGUCACAAUAAUAUUUGUUUACAUUUAGGGUAUGUUUACAUGAAAACGAUGUACUAAAAACAGGUUUUCUUUUGCAUUUUUCGCGUAUAGAUGACAAUGUUGUCAAAGCGAUUCUUGUUCACACAUGAAAAUUUGCUGUAUUCUGCUGCCAAGCCAGCAGAUGGCGAUGUCACUUUGUAAAAAAAAAAAAAAAAAAAAAACUAUGCGCCUAUAGACUGAACACGUAAUAUGCAUGAUGUCACUGUUUCAUAAAUUUGUGUUUUUGUAGUUUACGUGGAGACGAUAAUGGUCUUGUUUUCAAAUACUUGCACUUUGAAACCCGUUUUCAAAGUUUGCAUUUUCAGGCCCCCAAAAUGCCAUUGUCAUGUAAAUGAAUGGCCAAAACAUAAAAAGGUUUCAGUUUUUAGUUGAAAAUGGUGUUGUGUAAAUGGCCCCUUUGUGAGCAACCUUAUAAGUUAGAAAUGAAAUCUUGUGUCAAAGGGUUUUUUGCCUUUCAGCAUGAGACAGUCCUCCUUUGAGAUGUGGCUACGCCCACCAGUAUCAUAUUGCAUCAGCCAAAUCUAUUUUAUCAUAAAUAGUGUCUCUUCAAUUAAAGGUGCAGUCUGUAAAUUUUAGGAGGAUCUAUUGACAGAAAUGCAAUAUAAUACAUAGCUAUGUUUUAAGUGGAGUAUAAAGACCUUACAUAAUGAAGCGUUAUGUUUUCAUUACCUUAGAAUGAGCCAUUUCUAUCUAGUUGUUCUUCUUCGCGGGUCUCUUUACAUGUUAAAGCACCAUUAUGUGCCGACAUGUUUCUACAGCAGCCCUAAAUGGACAAACUGUUCUACAGAGCGCGUUUCGUCACUAUGUUGUUGUUGUUCUUCUUCUUUGGUGUUUUUAGAGGCAGCUUGCAUCGUCACUACUUUGAAUACACACGAAGAAGUAGUAGUAGUAGUUGUCGUCUGGUUUAUUAGAAACAGAGACUGUUCUUUUGUUAGAAGUAAGAAGAAACCUCAUUGCUUGACUGACUACUCUCUGCUGUCACAGACGACAUCUUCAUCCUGUGUCUGCCACCGGGAGGGGUGAGCAGCGGACUGAGCAAUUCUCAACCGCACCACUAGAUGCCGCUAAAAUGUACACACUGCACAUUUAAAUACCAUUGUUAUGCUUUGUAUGUGUAAACCCAUUGAGCACAGUACAAUCAAACGGCCCACUUUACCUGCAUUCACAGUAUAUAUACACAUUUUUAAGUAUUUGUAGAGCGUAGGAAGACUGACUCGAUUACAUCACUGGCAGUGCUUCAUGGAAGUGGGCGGAGCUAAAUAUCUCUUUUGAUGCGUUCUGCUGGUUUCGACUCUCUGAUAGGUGGAAUUUUCUAUACAGCAUCAUGGGUGAUGUAGUUUUACUUCUGGAACCGACGGUUGCUCUCUAUAGUCUAAGAGCGAUAUUUAUGUAUUUAUGUUAUUUACCUUAUUGCUCCUGUGCUUUUAAAUGGAGGAUGAGUUUUGUACUUUUCUUGUCAAUUCAGUAGCUAUUUUAAAAAACAUUCCAAAAGGGGCUGAUAACAACAAUCAAAUUAAACAAAAGAAGGUAUUUAUUGAGAUAAUGUAAUUUACAGUAUCAAUGAAUGUAUUUAAAGCACAUUUUUACAUAGAUUACACAUUUAUUUGUCUUUCCAUUUAAUUGAAAAAUUUGGUCGCAAUAAAAUCAAAUAAAAACA